AUGGCUCGUCGCCGCAGACCCCCUCGCGCCGGCGCCCUGUCCGAACUGCAGCCCCUCAAAAUCGCCGCCCAGAUCGCCACGCUGCAAGGCCUCUACUACUUCGCCGCCCUCGUCCUCAUGCUCUUCACCACUCUCGUCGCCGGCAUGCCCUUCAGCUUCGAUCUGAUCCUCACAUGGGACCGCGUGCGCGGCGACACGACACAAGGAUGGCUCAUGGCCUUUGUAUGGCUCCUCGACGGAGGCUUCUGCAUGUCCGUCGCCAUCGUCAUCCUCAUCGCGCGCAGCAAACUCGUCCCCGACUUCGCCCUCACCAUCCACUUCCUCCACCUCCUCCUCACGAGCCUCUACACGCGCUCCCUCCCCCGCAACUCCAUGUGGUGGCUCACCAUGGCCGCCUCCUCCGCCGCCGCCGUCGGCCUCGGCAUGUGGGGCUGUCGCUACCGCGAGCUCCAGCCCGUCUUCUUCCUCGGCGGCAGGAUCCUCGGCUCCGGCACGUCAGGCACCGGCUCCUCCUCUAACAGGAACGCUGCCGCCGGCGCCGGAGGAGGCGGAGGUGCUGCCGCUAGGGAGGGGGGCUCAUCGCUGCCUCCUGAUCUGGAAGAUGGCAUGGGCGGCUCGAGCUCCGCGGGGGAGUACGAAAUGAGCAGGAUGAAGUCUUCAGCAUAG